CCCUGCCACCGGGUUAAAUUAGGAGAAUCCCAUUUUGAAGAGCUAAACUGGGUGUAGCAGUGCCCACACCUUUAUUCCCAAAGGAAGCAGAGGAGGCAGUCAGAUCUCUAGGUUCAAGGCCAACCUGGUCUACACUACAACCUGGUCUAGGCUAGCCAGGGCUACAUAGUUAGUUCCUGUCUCAAAAAAGUAAAAGUAGUUGAAGACUUGUCUCAGUACAGUGAGUUCAAAGUCAAACUUCCUAUGUCUCAAACAGAAAAGAAAAAGUCCUGGGGAUAUGAUGAUGGGCAGAAUGCUGCCGAGCAUCUGUAGAGUACUGCUCACUGUGUUAAGGCGCCAGUUAGCAACGUAAGUUUAAUUCCUGGGACCUACACAAAGAUGGAAGGACAGGACUGACCUGACAGAGUUGUCCUCUGAUGUCUACAGGCACACUGAGGCACACGUUUAAGCAAUUUUAAAAAGAUAGUUGGCAAUAAAUCCUUAAAAAUAAAUAUAAAUAAAUUUGUUGGCCCCACAGUGCUAUUCACUUCCUAGCUCUUUGUUAAAUUACUUAUCUCCACACCUCAGUGUCCCCAGCUGUCAUAUGUAAUAGUAUUAUAUUACAUAUGUGUACUAUGUAGAAUUUAUUGUAAGACUUAGAUUAAUGUACUUAAAGUGUUUAGAGCAGGCACACAUCAUAAAGUGUGUGAUGUACACACUUUAUGCACAUCAGCCGUCAUUAUUAGCUGUAGUCAUUAACCACUUGGGAGACUUCAGCUGGCUUUGGAAUCUGAGCAUCCACCUGGAAAGGCCUGUCUAGGAGUGUCUUCUGAGUAUGAUUUGCAUAACGGUUGAGGGCCAGCUGAUGUCAAGGGCUUCUUGAAGUUCUAGGUCAGCUGUAUCCUUGGAAGUGGUUCUAUCUGCAAGAGAGUCAGUUGUCCCACCAACUCUGCUUCCUACUCAACUGAUAAAGCACCAGGAAGUGAAACAGCUGAAGCCCUGUGCCUCUAGUUUACCCCUACCUAUCUCAUCCCACCUCCAUUUCCUUAUCUUUCUUUUCACCUUUCAUCUCCUAUCUUUUAGGACUCUCAGGACUGUGACCAAACAUAGCAAAGUAUGAUUCUUCCACGCCCCCUCCUCCAAAUUCCCUUAUUCCAUUUAUAUCCAUCCUGUGUACGCAAAUCAUUUCUCUCCCAAACAGAGCAAAUUCUCAGAUUCUGAAAAUGUUUCACCAAAAGGUCGGUAAACUUGUCACAGAAUCCUAAUAAUAAUAUUUGAACCAGAAGUUUUGUUUGGGAAGUUUAAAAUAGUCCCUCAGGGUGCUUGCUUCAGCGGCACAUUACUAAAAGGAUAUAGAGAUUAGCAUGGCUGCUGUGCAAGGAUGACAUGCAAAUCCAUAAAGCAUUUUCUAUUUAAAAAAUUAGUCUGGGUGGUGGUGGCAUACACAUUUAAUCCCAGCACUCGGAAGGCAGAGGUAGGUGAAUCUCUGGGUUUAAGGCCAGCCUGGUCUACAGAGUAAGUUCCAGGAUAGCCAGGGCUACACAGAGAAGCACUGUUAAACAAAAUAAAACAACUAAAAAAAAUAGUCCUAAGGGAAGGGAGACCCCCAAGGAGAACUUGUCUCUCGGAGGAAAAAUUAACCUGGGAAGACUUUGAAAGCCUGCUGUGUGGUCAUCUAUGGCCUCAUUCUGACGUCCAAAUUGUUCUGGGACCCUCCACUGGGGUUGGGGCAAUCCCAGUUUCAGACCACCCUUUCCUCCCACGUCCAACCUCACUCUCUCAGCUGCUUCCCUGGAUGUUGCAUCACGGAGGAUGAUGAAAUCAACCAUCAGUGGAUUUUACCCGUGGAUGCAAUAAGCUGAAAGACCAGCAAGGGUCAUUGUCACUAUAUUUUCAACUACCAGAACUUUUAUCUAUACUUUCUCGCUAUGGGGUAGGAGCAGGGAGCUGGAAUUUUUAAGUUAAAUUUCCAGUCCUUGAUUAUACUGGUUCCCUAAAAAAAAUCACUACCUAAAUCCCACAGAACCAAUGACUACCUCAGGUUAAGUGGCCUGAGGAAUUAAGAGGUUCUUCAGCAUUCUUACCCCAAAGUGCCCUUUCCUCAGUGAGGCCUGCCGGAAGCAGUAAUUUCUUACCCUGCCCUUACAGGGCUUCUUAGGUCACAGAGUACUUGUUAUAGCUACCAGGAACACCCAGUGAAAAAAACACGAUUUUCCACGGAGGGGAAGAAAUGCCUUGUACUUACAUAGAAGGCAUCACACAAGGUCCAAACUUCAAAUCUGAGUUCACCAUAGGAUUUGGAGAUGAAUGAGUGCUGUUUUGGUUUUUCCUCAGGCAAGAGGAAGUGAGGAAAUUAGAGUGGGGUAGGUUAAGAUUAAAGCCUUGAGAGGCAAAAAUAUCAGACAGAUUAUACAGGAAGGAACUGGGGAUGUUAUUAAUUUAAAUGUCUAUUACUUCCCUGCCCCUUCUGCAACCAUCUCUGUUCCUGGAGAGCAAUGACAUAUGGGUCCCAACCUGGGCCUCUAGCCACAGCAACCUUACCACUCACUUCCCCUGGGACAGAGGCAGCAUACCUGGCCUCUCCGAGGAGCCAGGGUGAUGCAGGCAGGGGAAUCCCACCUGCUCUGAGUCACCUGCCAGUAUAAAGGGCGGGCCUUACAACGCAGGGAACCUUAAAAAGAGACUGUGAGACAAAGGGAAGGAAAACAGGAAGCAGCUUAGAAAUCAGACAGAGUCAGACUCAGAACAAAAGGAGGCGGAUUGAGACUCCACAGCUCAGUGCAGAUCACAGAGUCAGCCAGACUUGAGAAGCAGGCAACAGGAUGCUGGAUUGCAGAGCUGUAAUACUGCUGUGGCUGCUGCCCUGGACCGCUCAGUGCCUGGCCAUACCUAGGAGUAGCAGUCCUGACUGGGCUCAGUGCCAACAGCUCUCUCAGAGUCUCUGCACACUAGCUUGGACUGCACAUCCACCAGUGGGACAUAUGGAUCUACUAAGAGAAGAAGGAGAUAAAGAGACUAAAAAUGAUGUCCCUCAUAUCCAGUGCGGAGAUGGUUGUGAUCCUCAAGGACUCAAGGACAACAGCCAGUUCUGCUUGCAAAGGAUCCACCAAGGUCUGGUUUUUUAUAAGCACCUGCUUGACUCAGACAUCUUCACAGAGGAGCCUUCUCUAUUCCCCGACAGUCCCGUGGGCCAACUUCAUAGCUCACUACUGGGUCUCAGCCAACUCCUCCAGCCAGAGGAUCAACAUUGGGAGACCAAACAGCUGCCUAGCCUGAGUCCCAGCCAGCAGUGGCAGCGCCCCCUUCUCCGUUCCAAGAUCCUUCGAAGCCUCCAGGCCUUUGUGGCUAUAGCUGCCCGGGUCUUUGCUCACGGAGCAGCUACUCUGAGUCCUUAAUGCCAACAGCUUAAGGAUGGCAUCCAGGUUCCUGUGGCUACAAUGAUAAGAGGAAUCUAUCAAUCCAGGCAUCUACAAGCUAACUAGCCCAUCAGGACCUUUUCUUGUUUCAUGUAAAAGGCAAGGACAGCUUUAUAAACAAACAAAAGAACCAAAACAAAACCCAGAGCAGACAGCACCCUAGAGGAAGGAGAUGGAGAAGAGGAAUAUAAUCCUGCUCUUUGCCAUGGAAGCUGGCAAGCAGCUGCAUGGCAGAAGUGGGGAGGGGAGCACCAGAGAAAGUAAGAAAGCUCAGAGCAUCAGAAAAAGUGAGCCCAGGCUUUGGCCAGUAUCUGUAAGAAAAACAAGAAAAGGGAAAAGCUACACUUCUCUGAGGGACUCAGGAAAUAUGUAGUCUUGCUGUGCUGCAGACAGCAGCCCUGUAACUUCCUGCUUAGUCCCAUAGUUCUAAUGGAACCUAGUCACUAAGAGCUAACCUAGCUACCAAUAUGGCCUGACUCACGAUGCUGACCUGAGACAAAGCUGCAUAUUUAUUAAGUGGGAAGGGAAACUUCGGUGUUAUUUAUCCUUGUAGCAAUUUCGAUGGUUGUUAUUUAUUAUAUUUAUAUGAAAAUUUGUAUUUUUUUCAAUAAACACUUAUUU